CGUGGUUGAGGGACAGGAUGGGACGGCAGGGAACGGUCACCAGGGAGGAAAAGUGACGGGGAGCGGCUCGAGAGCUAUUGGGAGGAAGAGGGAGAGGAGGGCGGGGCAAAGUGGGCGUGGAACCAGAAGGUUGGCAAGCCAAGAAUCUGUCCGCCCCUCGCCUGCCGUUCUCUCUCUCACCAUCGCCGCCAUCUCCAUCUGGCUUGCCCCAGGAGACGUACGCCAUAUCGUAUCAACCACCCGGCGUUGCAGCCAAGAGCGGCCUUAUUUGCUGCAGAGUCUCUGUCCACAUUUGGCCAUUUGGCGGCUCUCUGAAAUUUUCGCAACUGGUUUGGCGAGGGGCGGCGGGACGAAUUCUUCUCCCGCGCCUUUUUCUUUCUCUUUCGUUUGAUAUCAUCAGGAAUUGGUUCUCUUUGCUUUUCCUUGUCCGUCGACAGCGCAUUUCGUUGGUCCAAGGAAGAAGGACGUGCGCGCGUCUCAACUGAACGGAAUAAGGGAGCGAGAAGGGAAUUCUCUACUUUGGGGUGUCCAUUGAAGCGAGAAGUCGUCACCAUGACGUUCACAUCUUUUAUGGGGCGGACGCUCUUUUCCGCCCUAUUUGUAUUUUCGGCAUGGCAGAAGUACCUGGAAUUUGGUGUGGAUGGAGGGCCUUCUGCGAAACUUCUGGCUGUCAAGACCGACCUUGUUCGAACGCAUGUGGCGGGCUCCCUCGGCGUGAUUCUUCCCGAAGUCGAUGAGAAGUACCUUCUCAUGACGGGGAUCGUUUUGGAGGGUCUGGGUGGAAUCCUCUUUACUGUCGGCAGCAAUCUAGGGGCGAUUAUGCUGCUUUUAUUUUUGGCAGCUGUAACUCCUGUCAUGCACGAUUUCUACAACUACGAGCCAUCGUCGCCGCAAUUUACGACCGAAUUCUUUCAGUUUAUGAAGAAUUUGUCACUCGUUGGCGCCCUCCUGUUCUUUAUGGCCAUGCGGUCAUCACGGAGUGUCAAGACCGGCAGGAAGAAGGCAAAGCCCAAGACCAACUAGAGAAGGAAAGACAGGCCCUGUGUAGCGAGUGAUGGUCCUCUUUGAGUUAUUGCUGGUUAACGAAAUGAGAAGGUAGGUGGGAAGGGAAAUGCAUUGGGGAGAGAAAAGGGAGAAGGUGUGAGUGUUGGGAAGAGGGGAAGGCGGGCUGGGGGACGAGCGAGCGAGAGAGAGAGAGAGAGAGAGAGAGAGAGAUUUGAAGUAGACAGAAUGAGCAGCAGGGCAGUUUUGAGCAUGAGUACGCAAGCUUCGGCAUUGCCCAUCUAUGAUGAUUGUGAUCAUAAGGGAGGCAAGGGACAAGGCGAAGGGUGGGCGGGAGUGCUCCACCUGGGCACAAUCAAUACAGAGAUGUGUGGUCUGGAUGGCCGUGCAGGCAUCUGGAAUUUUAGGGAUACAUUUUAUAUUUGUGAUCUGAAGGGGGAGGAAUCUGUCCUCAUUUCUCUGGGCAGGUUAUGGGCAUUGUUUGAGAUAUUUGGAUGUCUGUUUGGCACAAAUGAUUUGUUUGUCCGUUUGCUGCAUUCCCUAGUAGGUUGUGGUGGUGGGUCAUUUGAUUGCUACUAGUUAAUCACCCCAUCUUCUGUUAUAUGAUUAUCAGGAUGAAUGUGCAUGCAUGGUCAUCUUGGUGUUGUGCCAUCCGGAGGAUGUCCUUGUUGUUGGUCUCAAGGGACUCUUGAGGUUUUGGAGCGAGUGGGGAUAUGCACUGACGUGCAAAGAAAAUCUGUUCAGUGCAAUUUGAUACCCCCCCCCCCCCGCUUUGUAACCUCAACCGUUGACAAAAAUUCUGAGUUAUUUCAUCACGGCAGCUACGUAUAUUAUAUCCUGACAUCGCUUUUUUUUUUCUCUUAAUUUUCUUCUCGUUUGAGAUUUCCUACCUGAGAGGAAAUGAUCCUGUAUUUUGUUCAAUUCUGCGAA